GUUGCGUGGGUCGGCCUCGCCCGUCGAGCCCUGUCACCUCAACUCGUCGUCAUUCCCAUCGCGUCUUCAACACAGCCAGUCAGAAUAAUCAAGGGAGCUUCCAGCCUCUCCCCCGACCGCAAUGGCCCCUCCAGCAGCGGCAGCCGCCGUUAGGUGUUCCCCCGAGGCAAUCGUCGCCAUGCCGGACGUCAUCGCCGUGCCGACCAGGGCCUUCUUUCCAGGGCUCCGGCGCUGCCAGCUGUACUUCCCGGAAAGCAUUUCCAGGAGGCGGAAGGCGAGAAGCAUCAGCAACCAUCGAAAGGGAGCUUGCCGAGGAAGACUCGGUCACGGGAGGUAUUGCCCUGCUCGCACCUCCCUCUCUGCCUCCCUCGCUGCUGCUACCAACGGACUGCCUCUCUGUUGAGACUCUGGGGGAAGACUCUCACCUGCUGGAAAAUCUGGGGAUCACGCUGAACGGGGGUAUGGUGAAACCUGCACUUGGUGCGCUGACUGCUGCUGGUGCUGCUGAUGUCGCUGGGGUUGUCACUGGAAAUGACACGGGGAUUCAGAAGAACGAGAUGCUGAACAGGAUCCGGCUUUUGGCGCGAAAGGCUGGGCAGCUGCGAGCGAAGGAGGAGACGCGUGAAGAUCAGAAUCUGCAGGUGUUGGAGGAGCAGAAAGUAUCAAUGGCGGAAGGAGAGAGGACAACGGUCAAUGGAAAGGCGCAGAUUGAGGUGGAAAACCGAUUGGUGGAACACGAGGAGCAAGAGAGAGGAGGAGCUGACGGCGAUCAUCCGCACGGAUUCAAGAUCAUCAAGGAGGAGCUCAAGUUCUCUCGCUUCCUCAAGAUCUACAGCCGCGUCGUGGAGCACCCGCCACUGCCUCUCGCGCAGCAAGAGCCACAGCAUGCCGCGGGUACCGGCCCCGUCACGCCCACAUUCGACCAGAUAUCAGCAGCCACUGUAGCUCCUGCUGCUGGUGCAGCUCGUGCAGCUAACGGAUCUGCUUAUGGGGCGUCUGGUGCAAGGGGCCCGAUCGUGGCCGCCUGUGCAGCAGGACCCAGCCUGCAGAGCACCUCUUUUCAGCAGCAGCAGGGUCAGCAGGAGCAAGGAGGGGGGCAGGGGCGCGGGCAGAAGGUGGUGGAGUAUGACAUUGUGUCGUCCGCCAGCAGCCACUUCAUCUGCGUGCUGCCCUUCCACUCCGCCACCCAGUCCGUCACCCUCCUCAAGGAGUACGCCCAGGGCGCCAACAGCCUGCUGUACACGGUGCCGUGUGGGGGCCUCAGCAGCUCGCAUGCGUCGCUGGAGGAUUGCGUCCGGAGUGAACUGUCCGAGGAGGCGCGUCUGCGUGGCGGCCGGCUUGUCAGGUUGAUCCCUGAGGAUCACCCGGGCCUUCUCGAGGUGAAGUGGUGCAAGAACCGCUUCACACCGUUCCUGGUCAUCGACCCGCUCCCCGACCCCACCCCGCUGCCGCGCGACCCGGAGGAGUUCAUCCAGGUGCUGCACCUGCCGGCCCGCGACCUUGACAGGCUGGCGCUGGGCGGCGACAUGCUGCUGCCGUCUGUUGUGACGUGCACCAUGGCUCUGCAGUACCUGCGGGAACACAAGUUGCUGUGA